UCUUUGCUCAACUCGAAAUGGGACCUUCUCUUUUUCAACAAUUCGUCCACAACUCUCUAAUUCUCUUCCGCACCAUCAUCCCAGAACCUCAGAACCGUCACCCGUGGACAUUAAGCCAUCUGCCAUAUAUCGCACUUUCUUACAUUCCUUUUCUUUUUCUGGCAUACCUGGCACGUCGCCCCGACACCUAUAUUCUUCGGGUUCUACUCUUCCCGAUCGUAUCUUCUUUAAUCCUUGCGGUAUCAUUUCGUCAUUGCUGGACCAUCCCAUCGUUGAAUGUUUACAACUGGGGUCAAUGUUUAUUUGCAGAAGUGACCUUGGCAAAGGCAAUAGAAUAUGCUUUCACUCCCGAAGGAAUGUUGAAAGUCGGUGAAAACGGAUUGGGAGAAGACGUGAAACGUCUCAAUGGCAACGCCUCCUUGAAUGGAGAACAGAAUGGUCAUGCCGAACCUCAGAAUCUUGAACACAAAUCCUACUUCCCUCGAUGGUUCUCCGAUGCAACAGAACUCAUGCUCACCCUUCGUGGUCUCAGGUUCAAAUUUGGGAACGGCCUUCAUAUACCAAAGCAUACCCGACCUCUGGAAAGAGGCCCAUUCUUAAAAGCCACUCUAUCUUCUUUAAUCAAGAACUUCCUACUUUUGGAUUUCAUAGAAUCCAUCAUCAAGCUUUUCCCCGGCGUAGGAGACACAUCCGGAGGAUCCAUGUUUUAUCCCGCUCUUCCCCACCCACAACGCUUCAUCGUCGCUACAUUCAUCCACAUGCUCACAGGUUCCGCAAUCCUCUCAGGGUUCGGCAUGGUCUACGACCUGAUCACCUUUCUCGCCGUCGCUGUUUUCAACGACCCUCCAACCUCCUGGCCCCCAGUCACAGAAAACCCUUGGUCCGUCGAAUCAUUACACGAAUGUUGGGCGAAACGUUGGCAUCAACUUUUACGUCAAACUUUUCUGGUAUAUGGCGGCUAUCCAGGUCAAUGGAUCGGAGGCAAUUUUGGUGGGGUUUUAGGGACAUUUAUCGCUUCUGGUCUCUUCCACGAAUCCGCUAUUUACGCCCUGGGCAACGGGUUCGACUAUGCCCCUCCUCUUUUUUUUACUAUGCAAGCAUUUUUGUUGGUACUGGAACGACUUUGGCGAAGAUUUACGGGAAGAAGAGUGGGUGGAUGGUAUGGCCGAUUAUGGGUUUACUUUGUGAUGUUCGUCCUAGCCCAGCCGAUGACUGACUCUUGGCACCGACGUGGACUUGGAGGUGGGAUGGUAAUACCGCCCUUCAUCAGCCCGGCCAAGACAUUAUUACCUCGCAUCAUCCUAUUUCUCAACGCAACUGUACGAGUAGGAGCGUAAACCUUGAGUUUGUAUCAACAACCCCAUCCAUCUAAUGCAGAUAUAGUUCUUACCAUCUUUGGCUCUACUUAGCUAUAAUAUAGUACAUACUAGACGCCUGU